GAGAGUUUGACCAUCAGCGGUUUUCUGCACUCCAGCGCUUUUCCCCCUCCAGCUCUCGUUUUCUCGGAUUCUCCUGAAAGUUCGUCCACUGUGGAGAAAAUGCUGGUGUGCGUGUCUCUGCUGAUAUUAAUUCACAGCGUCCCUGUGUCUCCCGUCACCGUCAGCAGUCGCAAUCCUAAAGUGGAGGUGCACGAGUUCUCAGACGCAGAGCUCUCCUGCGAGUUCAAGACUGAGAAAGACACCAACCCUCGCAUCGAGUGGAAGAGGAAAGACAAGGAAAAAGACGUGUCCUUCGUCUACUAUGGAGAACGAUUCGUAGGGCCGUUCCAGGAUCGCGCAGAUAUUGAAGGAGCGACAGUGCGGCUACGCAGGGUCACUCAGGCGGACGCAGGCGAAUAUCGUUGUGAGGUCAGCGCUCCGAGUGACUCCAUCUCACUGGGAGAAACCAACGUCACGCUGAGAGUGCUGGUUCCUCCUCAGACUCCCUCAUGUGACGUGCCCAGCUCUGCUCUGACGGGCUCUCAGGUGGAGCUGCGCUGUAGAGACCGACACAGCAUCCCACCUGCCGUCUACACCUGGUACAAAGACAACCGCGCACUGCCCAUCCGCCAUCCCAACGCCACCUACACCGUCAAUGAGUUCACCGGUGUACUGGAUGACCUGAACGUGGCGGCGGUGGUCUCAGCUGUGGUUCUGGUGUGUGUGAUCCUCUUCCUCUGUGCGUUUGGAGUGUGUUUGGCUCAUCGACAGGGAUAUUUCAGCCGACACAGAGGAAGGUCGUUCUGGAUCCCUCAUUGUCACGGCGUCACACACAUCAGCAGCCAGAAUCUGAACCCCAGCGAACACACUCAGCAUUCAGGAUACAGUCACCCUCCAAAGGAACCUCAGGACUUCAAGCACACGCAGUCCUUCAUGCUGUGAUUGAUGAUUGGAGAUUAUUGGAUCAGCAGCGCCUUUAAACCAGUCUGACACACACAGGCCGUGCCUUUAUUUCUGCUCAAUCAUGUCUGUAUACUGAGUGUGAGGAUGGAAAUCAGCAGUUAUUGUAUAUUUUAAUCAGUCGUCUUCUUUUGUUUUUUAAUAAAACGCUUUUGCCCCCGU